CCCACUUGCCCUCCUCUGCACGCACCGGUAUUGUGAAACUGCGCUUGUGUGGAUUUAACUGCAAUCGCGCCGACAUCAUGAGGUGGUUUAUUUAUCUAGUUACACUUUUGCUGGUGAUAUUUCACCUCGUUUCUUCACAAGAAUGUCCAAGUGGAACACCAGAUGGAUGUCGAUGUCAAAAUCGUGUUUUUAAUUGCUCGGGACUGGGUCUAAACAACAUGCCUACAAGUCUCUCUUCGCUAUCAAACUUCGAUGUCAUUGAUCUCUCCAACAAUGAUCUUGUCAACGUACCAUUAGGAGCAUUUCAGAACUUACCUGUGCAGAGAAUAAUUUUGAAGAACAAUGCAAUUACAGAGAUUCGUCCAGGAGGCUUUGAUAAUCUCAAUCUAUUGACGUCUAUAAACCUAGAGAUGAACGGUCUAUCCAUUCUAGAACAAACUGGUUUCAACUUGUUGACUAGUCUCACUGAACUGUUGUUGGCUGGUAAUCCAGUUGAUUGUAGUAAUGAUGCAAAUGCUUGGCUGAAAAGUUGGAUGGUAACUGCCGAUAGCUCUGUCCUCACUGGUGACUGUUCAUCUACUGGAACCAUCAGUGAUGCACUGGAUAGUGUAGCAGAGCCAAGUGCAGCUGUGUUUUCCUUUGAAAAAGCUGAAUACAGUGCGUUAGAGAGCGCUGGUGUUGCCACAGUCACAGUCAGCAGAAGAGGCAUAGUGGGUACCAGAGUAGAUUUUGGUGUUAUGGUCUCUGAUGGAGUGGCUGUAGUCAACUAUGAUUUCGUCGCACCCGUGGAUCCUAGACAUACCAUGCUAACAGGCCAAACGAGGAUGGACCUUGAUAUCUUACUCAUAGAUGAUGCUGAGAUGGAGAUUGAUGAAAGUUUCAUGGUCACCAUCGCUAUAGAAGCACGAGGGGAAGCUAACAUGGGUACCAUAGGAACUUACGGUACCACUAUUGUCAUCAUUCUGGAUAAUGAUAGUCCAGUUCAGACCACAUCAUCACCCGUAGCAACGACCUCUAACCCAGAGUCAUCUACCCAGGCUAAAGGUGAACCUACUGACCCAGGGAUGAUGAUGACUACAGAUGAUUUGAAUCAAUCACCACAACCAAAUACCAAGUCUGUCAAUGUAGCAGCCAUUGUAAUACCCAUCGUACUGAUCAUGGUGAUAAUAGCAGUCAUAGCUGGGUAUAUCUGGUAUCGACGUACGCGGACUAUCAACAAAGAAACGACUGCAGGGGUACGUUAUGCCGCUGUACAGAACAGAGGCAAAGUAUAUGCUGAUGUUACCGCUAAAGCAUGAUGUAGCAUGGCAAGUUGGCAACUACUGCUGGGGGACGUUAUGCAGGGCUGUGCACAGGGAUGAGAUUCCUCUGCAAAUUUUGAGAUUUCAAGACGGGGGGAGGGGGGGGGGGGGUAAUAAGAACAGAAAUUAAGGGGAUUUUAGGUGUAAAUCCAUGAAGUGUAUCAGUAUGAAAUUUAUAAUUUGUAGGGUUUUAAUUUUUUUUUU